UUAAAUUCUGACUAUAAUUUCUGUGCCAUAAAAUCACGUGUUAUUUUCUUGUGACUGAAAUACUUCAGAAACUGUUCCCCUUCCAAGAAGAGAAGAAUAAGUUCGAAACUAUGCUUGUUAGUUUCGCUUUUAUUUUAGCAUGACACUUGCAGUAAAGAUAUUCUACCGUGGAACUGGGCAACAGUUUCAUGUCUUCAGAUACUGUAGACAAUAAGUAUGUAGAAAAUUUGUAUGUUUCAUUUAUACAAUUAUUUACUGAUGUAUAGGUAUAUAUAGAUACAUUUAUCUCAGGAACAAGCAACCAGGAAGAUAGCAGAGAAGUGAUCAUGGCAUCAGAUGACUUAUUUUCACGGAAUCUUGUACUUAGAGUACUGCGGGAUCAGGUACUGAGGGCGGGUAGGUUUGUACACAUUCUUCCAGAACAGCAGCCAAUGAAUGAUGAGCAGGAGAAGUUACUGGAUCAGAUGGCCGAAGUCAUCAGAUUGUUUGGGGACGAUCUUGAUCGGGAUGCAAAAUUUAAAAACACGGUUGAUGGGUUUGCACGUGUGGCGGAUAGUCAGAGUUUUCAGAGGCUUGUAGAUAAAGUUUUUGUUGGUGGCAUCACCUGGGGCAAAAUUGUUACACUGAUCUGUGUUGUUGGAAAAUCACUUCUUAAGGUUCUUGCUGACUUAGUCUCAGUAAUUGUGUCUUGGACACUAGAUUACUUCAGGAAUAAGCUACUGAACUGGAUCUGCAAUGUGGGAGGAUGGAUAAAUAGUAUCUCUUCCUUGGCUCAUUACUCCUAUGAGCAAAAUUCUGGUUCUUCAACCAGCCUGGUAUCACCUUCCUCUGGAGUCCUAUUCAUCAGUGGACUACUGCUUGGUGGCCUCAUUGUCUGGAGACUAAACAGAUGUGCCUGAGUGGGGUCAAGGGAGGAGUGUUUGAAGUGUGAAAAGGAAAGCUGAAGGAUGGAUGCGGUAAUGGACCAUAACAAAGCAAAAAUGGUUUGGAGACCAAAAAAGAAAAAUAGGAGAAGAGAAGGCUGCUUGGGAAUGGCAUGCACUAUUUUGAUGUUUCAUAGAUAUUAGCCUUUUCUUAUAUAUAUAUAUAUAUAUAUAUAU